AAGCGAUCUCGCAAUCUCUGCCUUUGUCAGUCAAAAAGUUGCUUGGAGAAGCCGCGCCAUAUUUAAACCCACCCUCUUCCAGUCUGCACGCAUAACACCUUUGGAAGAAAACCUCAUCCGCUACCAAUCUAAUGAGUGCCCACGACGAUAUCGAAGAAGAUCUUGAGGAAGAGCAGUUCAUCACCGAAGAUGAUGUCCUUGCUGAAGUGGAAGACGGGGACGAGCCUAUGGACGAAGAUGAUGACGAGAUGGGAGACACCGUCGGCGAACUUUCUGGGCCGGCUGGAGACGACAACUCUCUACAAGCCUUUGCUGCACAUGCUUCCUCAGUUUUUGCCGUCGCGGCGCAUCCAACGGAACCGCUAGCUGCCUCUGGUGGCGAAGACGAUCUUGGCUACAUAUGGGAUAUCACAGACGGCGAAGUUAUGGUGAAGCUGACAGGCCACUCGGAUAGUGUGACCAGUGUCGCAUGGAGCGCAGACGGGGAGAUGAUCUCGACUGGUGGGAUGGACGGCAAAAUCAGGAUAUGGAGACGGGUCGGAAAAGAGAACUAUCGGACAUGGGAGUUCCUGACGCAGCUUGAAGGACCAGAUGAGGUCAUGUUCUUACGUUGGCAUCCCAAGGGCAAUGUUCUGCUCGCAGGAUCAAAUGAUUCGACGCUGUGGCUCUGGCAAUUGCCAUCGGGCAACACUAUGCAGGUCCUUGCUGGGCACUCGGGUGCAGUCCAGUGCGGAGAAUUCACCCCCGAUGGCAAGAGAAUUGUGACUGCGUGUGCGGACGGUGUCUUGAUUUUCUGGGAUCCGCGUUCACCAACGCCCAUCUUCAAGUUGACACCUGGUGAUGCCCGUUUUGACCUGGAGGGCAUCACCUCUCUGGGAGUCAACCAGGCCUCAUCCCUUGCGGUGGUUGGCGGUGCCAACGGCGGCGUGCGAGUUGUCAGCCUUGCUAAGGGGGAAGUCGUCGCCGCACUGGGUGGCCACACUGACGGCGAGAGCAUCGAGGCGGUACAAUUCGUUGAUCUGGCCGGGACGGGUGCCACCGGUGCUGGGAUAGCUGUUACCGGAGCAACUGAUGGAAAGAUGUGCAUCUGGGACCUAACCACCAUGCGGCUGCGCGCGACGCUAGAGCAUACAGAUGCCGUGACGACGCUUGUUGCUUUGCCAGCACCUAAGGCGCACCUGUUUGUGUCAGCAUCAGCAGACAAGACGCUGCGGACUUGGGAUGCAAGAACGGGCACUUUGUUGAGGACACAUCUAGGGCACCAGGGCGCAGUCCUCGGCGCGUCGCUCGGUCUCGAAGGCUCAGUAGUCAUCAGCGCGGGAGAUGACGGUGCAUGUCUCGUAUUUACUACUGAAGACGAACCCGAAGCAGAGUAGAUUUAUUGAUUAUGUAGAUGAAAUCGAAAGCUUGCGUUGGUCUCUACGUGCCACUUGUCAAAGACUGCGGCAGGAUUGGUAAUAAUCCGGUAUGUAGGGAUUAAUAAUAGUGCGGUAUGUAGGGAUUGGUACUAAUCAAGUAUGUAUCAUGCCGCUUCAUGGGCCAUGUUACAUUGGUGACCUGACCUGGCCGGUCUCUAUCUCUGGGGGGAACGGGCAACGGUGAUCGACGCCCAUACAGUGAUGCAUGAUAUCGAUCACCAUCGCUUUCGCACAGUCAUGGCCUCAGGCUCAUUUCUUCCCCCCUCAUUCUUUUGCUUUCUUCCGAGCUGCGCUCGUACAUUCUCUUUCAAUUCUCUUUUCUUGCCAGCCGAUCCCCCUGUGUUGUCUUUCGAAUUCUUAUCCAGCCCACGAACAUCUUCACCAUGAAACUGUCGAUCCUUUGUGUUUCAUGCUCCGUUAUUCUUGCAUCUGCAGUAUCUGGGGCUCCCCUCAGUCCGCGACACAGUAAGCAGAAGAUGACGAUGAACGCGCAGCCGUCUGGAGGCGCGCCUGCCGGUGCUGCCUAUUUCAUCUCAAACGAGCCGACUGGUAAUUUCGUCGUCUCUGCCGCUAUCGGACAAGAUGGCAAAUUGACCCUCCGCCAAGCAACGUCAUCUGAGGGUUCCGGAAGUCACGGUCAGCCCGGGACGAGCGACCCCGACGCGCUAUUCUCUCAAGGUGCCGUGAAAGCGUCCGCCGGUGGUAACAUCGUUGCCACGGUCAACUCGGGGUCGAAUACGAUCUCGGUAUUCAGCAUCGAUGCAAAGGACCCGACGACCCUCCAAAUGAUUGGCAAGCCCAUCGGCAGUGGUGGUGAAUUCCCCAUGUCGCUUGCGAUCAACAAAGCCGGAAACACGGUGUGUGCUUUGAACGGCGGCGCCAUCAACGGUGUUGCCUGCUUCUCGGUGGACAAGACCAAGGGCUUGUCGCCUGUCGCCAACACAGUUCGCAGCCUCAAAUUGAACCAGACGACGCAAAUGUAGACCAGCGGGGACGGCCAGCCACAUCGUCUUCUCCGAGGACCAGAAGCAACUCAUCGCGUCGGUCAAGGGGGUCCCACCGACUCCGGGCUUCCUCGCUGUGUGGGACAUUGCCUCCGACAACUCUCUGUCGGCGGACUUCCAGGCAGUGCAGCCUGCCAAGGGCGGCCUGCUGCCAUUCAGCAUGACUCUGAUCAACGGCAAGAAUGCGAUCCUGGCCACGGACGCGGGCACCGGUGUUGAUGUGUUCGACUUUUCUCAGGGCGUGACAGCCGGGGUUGCUAACGGAUCGUCGUCCGUGCUGCCGAUCGCGGGCCAGGGGGCGACCUGCUGGUCAAGCUUCUCGCCCAAGACCGGUAACUUUUAUGUCACGGACAUCGGCACUGCGCAGGUGACCGAGAUCAACGUCGACAGCAAUCUCAAGCCGACCAUUGUGACUCAAUAUCCACAAGGCAACGGGACGGCUACCAUCGACAACGACGUGGCCAGUGUUGGUCAGAAUGAUUUCCUGUAUGUGUUGGCUGCGAAUGCGACUCAAGUCAAGGUUCUUUCAUUGGGCGCUGCCGGCAAGGCCACUCCGCUGCAGACGGUCGAGAUCGCAGGGCCUGCCAAGGCCGCUGGUCUGACUAUCAACGCCGCCAACAUUCAGGGAAUGACGACAUUCAUCAGAGCAGCUUGAUAGACAAUGGAUGUACUCUAGGCAUAAUCGGAUUUCUCUUCCUCCACCGAUGUGACACUUGCCGAUUUCCCCAGAUCUGCUGCUUCGAGAUAGGUCUCCUUGGCGGGAAAUAGGGUGGACAGACUGCCGUAGACCACCCCGGCAGUGACAAAUCCGUAGAUCCAUGCAAUAUCAAAGAUUUUAGCCUCA